AUUAUACCGAAAUCGCGGCCUAAAAGUCUCACAAGUGUGCAAAACAGGCCCGAAAUCGGCAAAAUUGCGAGAGUGUAAUGGCCGCAAGACGGCGCCACUUGUGACAAUUUUGACAAUCAACUAACCUAUAAAUUUUCCAAAAAUCGGUGUUUUGACAAAAUGGCUUUAAACGGUUUCUUUGAUUUCUUCCAAAAAGGCAAAACUUUCAGGCCGAAAAAGAAGUUUACUCAUGGGACAAUCCGAUACAGUUUACACAAACAAGCUUGUGCCAGUCUCAAUUCAGGGAUUAAUCUUAGAACGGCUGUAAAACUCCCCGAUGGUGAAGAUUUAAACGAUUGGAUUGCCGUUCAUGUUGUUGAUUUUUUCAACCGGAUCAAUUUGAUUUAUGGAACGAUUUCGGAUUAUUGCACCGAACAGUCGUGUCCGACCAUGUCCGGAGGUCCCCGAUUCGAGUAUUUGUGGGCCGAUGGUGACAAAUAUAAAAAACCAACUCCACUUCCGGCUAAAGAAUACAUCAGUCAUUUAAUGGACUGGAUUGAGAUGCAGAUCAACAAUCAAGCGUUAUUUCCGUGUACUUCUGAUUUGCCAUUUCCGAAGAAUUUCGAUAAACAUUGUAGUAAAAUCCUAGCGAGGUUACAUCGAGUCUUUGUCCAUGUAUAUAUCCACCAUUUUCAAAAUAUCGUCGCUAUAUCUGCGGAGGCACAUGUCAAUACAUGCUACAAACACUUUUAUUAUUUCGUCACCGAAUUUGAUUUGGUGAGUCAGAAGGAGUUGGAACCGUUGGCUGUCAUGGCGUCUCGAAUUUGCAAAGAUUAGGUUAAGUGUCACGUGACUAAUUUAUAAUCAGGGUUUUUUUCUUAAUUAAUUAAUUAAGGCCAGUCGUGUACUCGGGGACUGUUUUAUUACUAAUCGGCCAUAUUUGUAUAUUUGUAGCUCAGUAUUAAUCAACUAAGUCAAUAAACACAACCAAAGAACUAUU